UCAAUCUCACGAGUCGGCGGCUCGGACACGGACUUUCGCUGUGCCUUGCCUUCCUCUCCCCAGCCUACGCCGCCGGACCGCCGCCCUUCCACCGCCAUCUCUUCCUCUGGAACACCGGUAUCCCACCGGCACAGUCGUCGCCCCCGAAUCCCACGGUCGUAUUGCCGUCGCGAGGCGCUUCUUGCUGAAGAAACCCUAAGCAUUAUAAUUCGAAGCGCCUCGGGUUUCGAGAGAUUUGCCACAUGAGACAAGAGAUACUGAAGAUUGCUGUUUGUCUUCUUGAGCACUUUUGACAUCACACUCGAAGGGGGUCAUUCUGAAUGGGCUCUAGAGACAUGAAAAACAAGUCCAGUGGCAAGAAACUGGCUGUUGCUUCUGCUAAAGUGGAAGUAGAUAAUUUCAUAGGAAGCAGCAAUGCCUGCUUAUAUGAAACUUCUCAAAAUAAAAUGGAUUUCUCAAAACUUUUGGAAGGUGUAGUCUUUGCAUUGUCAGGGUUUGUUAACCCUGAGAGGGCCACAUUGCGAUCAAAGGCAUUGGAGAUGGGGGCAGAAUACCAACCUGAUUGGACCUCAGAUUGCACAAUUCUUGUGUGUGCCUUUCCGAAUACUCCUAAAUUUAGACAAGUCAAGUCUGAUGGUGGGACAAUUGUGUCAAAGGACUGGAUAUCUGAGUGUCAUAGCCAGAAAAGUCUUGUUGACAUUGUGCCGUACCUUAUGCAUGUUGGAAAACCAUGGCGGAAAGGCAGCAAGCAGUUUGACUUUCAGCAAGAUGAGUGUGAUGUUGUACAUGAAGAACCUCUUUCACAGUCUGGAAGAUUAGAUGUAGAAUCUUCUGGGAGAAAAAGGCGUGCGGGAGAACUUGCCACUAAUGUUGACAUUCAAUUUUCUCCUUCCAAGAUAAAACAGUGGGCUGUAGAUGAUUUGCAUAGAACAAUGUCAUGGUUGGAGAGGCAAGAUGAAAAGCCAGAAAAGAGUGAAAUCAAAGGUAUAGCUGCAGAAGGGAUUAUUACUUGUCUGCAAGAUUCUAUAGAUUCCCUUGGGCAAGACCAUGAUGUUCGGCAUGUUAGCGAGCAAUGGAAGUUUGUCCCUCGUGUUGUGAAAGAGCUGGUGGAACUUGAGAACAGCAGUAAAAAAGGAUUGGCAACGAAAAAGGUGCUGUAUGAACUGGCCGUCAGGUGCAAGGAGAUUUAUGAAGAAGAGUUUGACCAUUUAAAUAACCUUAAGAAAAAACAGCAGAAAGCUGAUCAUAACCAGGAGGAAGAAAUUGAGGAUGAGCAAGUUAAGCCUGAUGAUGCUGGGUUUGACAGUGAUGAAACCAUCGUCAUGACGCAAGAAGAAAUUGACUUCGCCUGCAAACAACUUUCUGAGAACUGUGAAUGAGUGGAUCCGAGACCAAAGGAACAUCACUUGGAAGCAAAUGAGAGAUUGAUGGGGGAACUAUAAGAACUUAACCUUCUUUCUCUGGAAGUUUGAGUAGGAUCAAGCACGUCCUGUGCUCUGACACCAUAUCCAUAUCAAUUUUGUUGUGCUGGCAUUGACUUGACCUCUCGAAAGAAGAUUUGCUAGCAAGCCAUUUAUGGAAAAAUUUAGUGGAUCCUCUAUAGCAAUAAUGCUGUGUCAAAGAGUUUGUGAUUGCAGGAUGAGCGAAAAAUAGAACGUGUCAUAUGAUACGUAUCCGAGAAAACAUGGAGGCCUUCCUCUACAAUCAAGAAAGACAGAAAAAUCAAGGACAUUGUAUUCAUUUUUA